GAUGCACUAUGCAGUAAAUUUUAGCUCAGUUACAAUGUGCCUUCAGUUGUGAACAGUUGUGUUAUUUGUUUCCGCUUAUUUUUUCAUAGUAAUUCAUUAUUCUCUAUCUUUAUUUUUCUAAGACACUCUUACAAACGGAAUAGGAAAUGGUCGGGGAGAUCUUUCGUGAAGCAGGCAGUGCGUUCAAUAAGUUGUCGGAAAUGACGAUGCUGUUACAUCCAGUCGGAGAUUCACAACCAGGUGGCAAAUGGACGGAAGAAGAAAUUGAGAUGCUACGGUCUUGCGUCCACCGUUUUGCCGUCGAUCUCAAUAAGCUCAGCCAGCACAUCAAGAGCAGAACAGUAUCUCAAAUCCGCACAACACUAAAAAAGAAGGCUUUCGAGGACGCAGGUAUACCAGUACGUCAGGUUAGCAACUCAGUGAACAACGUACCACAAACAACACAGGUAGUGUCGUCCCUGAGCCUCCUUCGACCGAACAUAUUAGGAAAGAACGCCGAGGUGACACUGAACAUGUUAAACGCCCCUGAGAACGAAGUAGAUGUCGAGGGUCUAAAUAACGACGUCAAGCUGGAGUUCGAAGCGGGAAAUGAAGAAGUGGCCACCUGAAACCUGCUUUGCUUCACGAAGGAUCACCCUGGGGUGAUGGACUAACCAUGGCACUGUGUCUCUAUUUCUUUUCAGUUUGAAACAAAAGCAUUAGUUACUUCACGUAUGCAUCUUGCAGCUUGCAUAUUGGAAGUUCCAUCGUUAUGAUAUAUUACGAAUAUGUUUUUUAGUUAGAUUUAUUUUAUCGAUAUUGCACCGAUAUGAUUGUAAUUAGAAUCACAAUUACAUUGUUAAGCUCCAGUGCCCAUGGUUAGUAUUGUAUGUCGAGAUGGAUCGUUUAGAUUUUUUGUUUAUGUUUUAAUUUGCAAUUAUAAUUUACUGUCAUUAAAUUAGUUUUAUAUA